AUGCAGUUUGGUGACACCAAUGCGCCCAAUACCCUCAACCUCUUGACCUUGGCGAUGUUCCAGCCGUGUCUCCCGUUCGCCAAGAUCUUUUUCGACGAUGUCCACGUCCAUUCCGAUACCCGUCGUGCGCACUUGAGACACAUCAAGAUCCUGCUGAUGACAUUGAGACAUUACCGGUUCUACUUAGGAUCCAAGAAGUCCGAGUGGUUCUCAAAGUCGUUGGACUCCUUGGGCACCAUCAUUUCUGACGUCGGCAUCGAAGUCGACCCCGCCAAGUGGGUGCGUAUCCGUCAGUGGCCGAUCCCUUGCAACAAGACCGAUGUCCAGCGCUUCCUCGGCACCGUCAACUGGAUGCGAGAUCACCUACCGCACCUCUCAAAGAUUUUGGAGCCGAUCACCGCGUUAAUGGCGCAAGCGACGUCAUGGCGUUGGAACGAGCGAGAACAGCACGCUUUCGAUACCGUCAAGUCCCUUGUGCCCGCCAUCCUACGACCGAUCGAUGGCGCCAAGGUUACCUCGGGCGAGCACAAGAUGUACCUCUUCACGGAUGCCAGUCGGGUUGGCAUUGGCGCUUGUUUGGCGUCCGGGCCCAACCGUUCGCAGGCCGUUCCAACGCGAUUCUUUUCCGCUAAGUUCAACGGUGCUCAGCUCAACUAUCAUGUCACUGAUAAAGAGUUCUUGGCUGUCGUCUCGGCGUGUCGGGCGUUCGAGCAGCACUUGAUCGGUUACCCCUUCGUCAUCGUCACCGACCAUCAGGCCCUUCGCACGAUAAAAACCCAAAAACUGCGCCAAACGCCUCGGCACAUCCGCAUGUGUCUCGAACUCAGCCGUUUCGACUUCGAAUUUGAAUUCAUUGCUGGCAAGAACAACACCCUGGCCGAUUCGUUGUCGCGUCUGUGGGAGGUCAAGCAGGGUUCACACGAGGAUCAGGUCAAGGAGAAUGAGUUGGAGGACAUGUUCUUUGAUGGAGAACGCCACGAAUUCACUACACCCGGUGAGAGCCUCCCUGAGGAACGUCCUUGCACUUCACCAUCUCCCGAUCGGUUGCCUCCUGUUGAUUUUGCCCUCGGGCCCCAACACGACGAUUGCGAGGCAGGCUCUCCCGGAUACUACGCGCUCAAGGAGGAAUCGCAAGACGAGGACGUGAAUGGACAGGAAUUAGGGAAUUUGUUCUUGAAGGAAGAAUGCCACGAGUUCAUUACGCCCGGUGAGAGCCUCCUCGAGGAACGUCCUUACACCUCACCUUCGCACGAUCGGUUGCCCCCUGUUGAUUGCGCCUUCGGGCCCUGGGGUCACGGUUACGACGCAGGCUCUCCCGGUUCCCCUCAUCUGGCCGAGAACAUUAUGGACGCCGUCGAUUGGUCUAUCGGCCGCCUCUCUCCUCCCAUCGCUGUCAAUCAAGUUCACGCUAUUGCUACGGCCCCUGCCAACGACCCGCCCAUUCCGGUCGAUGCCGACGCCGACGAACUCGAUUUGUUGGGAGUUGCCACCGAUGAUGUCAACGACACCCCUGUAGUCCAUCGGCCGCCUGAUCCACUGCCCCAACCCUUCCUCGACACCGUCAUCCGAGCAUACGCCAACGAUUCGCAAGCCCAGGUCAUCAUUACCGACCCGCUAUCAUGGCCUAUGUUUCGGGUGACCGAGGAAGGGAGGAUUUUGCGUGUACAUCCAGAUGAGUCUAUUUCCUUGUUUGUGCCUCGUGGUCUCGCUACUGGCGUCGUCAACUCCGACAAGGUCCCAUCGCUGCGCGAGCUCGUGCUUUCGGAGAUUCAUCGAAGUGUCGGGCAUGCAGGACAUCGCAUCACCUUGGCCGCCAUCUGUCCUUUGUACUGGUGGUCGUCCAUGUCUGCCGAUUGCGCCGAGUUCUGCCGUUCAUGUGAAGACUGUACCCGAGGCAAGGCGUCCACUCAAGUCCCCUAUGGCCGACUGCAUCCGAUGCCGAUCCCUUCUGGUCCUUGGGAACAAGUGGCCAUCGACUUCAUGACAGGACUGCCUCCGGUCGAGCUCGAAGGGAUGAUGGUUGCUCAAAUCAUGGUGGUCACUGACACUUGGGGCAAGAUGGUCCACCUGAUUCCCCUCCCAGCCGAUGCCGACUCGGAGCUCGUUGCCGAGAAGUACUACGCCACCGUCUUCCGACUGCAUGGGAUGCCUUCCGCCAUCGUUUCCGACCGUGAUCCCAAGUUCACCUCGCAGUUUUGGCGGGCAUUGCAGGCAAAGAUUGGCACCGUCUUGCGAAUGUCAACCGCGGCACACCCGGAGACGGACGGAUCGAGCGAGAAUCGGAUCAAGAUGGUCACCCAAACCCUGCGGAUCAUGGUCUCGUCAAACCACGAGGCUUGGGCAUCUCGUCUUGUUGAAGCUGAGUUCGCUCUUAACUCUUCUGUUGCUGUGUCCACGUCGCUGUCGGCUUUUGAGGCAACCUACGGCUACCUUCCUCGAUGCUGGCCCUCGGAUUCCUGGUCUGUCUCGGACGUCCCUCGUGCGGAAGCGUUUGCUCGGAUCCGACAAUUACGGAACCUCGACGUGACGGAUGCGAUCAUUGGAGCACGCCUCAACCAGUCCCAUCAGGCCAACAAGCAUCGACGCCCAGACGACCCCGCCUUUCGGACCGGCAGUUACGUCUAUCUUUCGACAAAGAACCUGGCAGUUCCUGACGGCAUGAAGUCGAAGUUGUUGCCGCGCUACAUCGGCCCCUUCCGUAUCCGAGCGGCCAUCCCUGCGACGUCCAGCUACGACCUCGAGCUCCCUCCAGCGAUGUCGCGAGUGCACAAUCGUUUCCAUGCUCGACUGCUUCGGCCUUGCGUUGAGAAUGAUGCUGAAAGGUUUCCUGGGCGUGACCCCGCAGUUCUUUUUGUCGAAGACGUAGCCGACGCGGCCGACAAUUCUGCGAUUCCGGAACGGAUUGUUCGCGAUCGGCGGAACGCUCGGGGCGCUCGUUCGUUCUUGGUUCGAUGGGUAGGCCGUAACGACACCGACGAUACUUGGAUGUCAGAGCAGUCCAUUCGCCUUGACCAUCCGUCCGUCCUCGACGCCUACCUCGCGCGCCUCGAUCGCUCGAACCGCCGCCUCGCCGCACGGUAG